GGACAUUUUUCAGUAAUUCGUCUCGGCCGCACCAGUAUACUUCCAUGAAUCAACAAAAUUUCGAAAUUUAGUAAAUUUAAAAUUAACCUGCUGCUUCGAGGUGAAUCCCGAGUUUUUAUUUGGAAGCCUUUAACUACACCAUGCAUUUGAUGUGCGAGCGAUUGUCUUCGAUUUUUGCGGGCGUCUUAGUGGGCUUGUGGUACGCAAAAACCUUCCCCGAUGAAGACCCCAAGGACAGCAAGGGCAAGGAUAAGGGCAAGGACAAGAAGAAAUAGGCGAUAUAGCUUCUCUACCUUUCCACACAAUCCCAGCAAAAAUCGGCAACCCUGGUUUGCGUAGUCGCGCCAGAAACUUCAAACCCAUUUAACGACCUGUCAACCAUGAAGCUUUGACUUAGCUCAGUACUUAAUCGGCUUUACAACAGGAAUAUCAACCUUUUCGGUUUGCACAAAAUUUUUCUUUACCGUGUUCGGUUUUUAUUCAACAUCCGCGGCGAGUAAGCUAAAUUUCGGUCUAAAUUGUGGCGAAUCCUUUCGAGCUUUUGGAGCCAUGCCCUGUUGUAAGCGAACGGAGGUCCGGAGGGUUUGUCGGCCGAUGCCGUCGCUCCUU